CUGCUGGACGCGUGGCGGCGCAGUUGCGACGAACUUCUUCACGCGAGCCUCUGGCAGCAGCAGCAACAACAGCGGCGGUGACGACGACGAUGAUGGAGGAGGAGGAGGAAGGAGCCAUGGAGACGAAGGGGAUCUGCGUGAAGGUGGCGGAGCGGCUGAGUGACGGCAGGAUCGCGUUCCCAGACAUCAGCGUCCAGCACUCGGCACUCGCCGCCAAGGAGAUCAUCGCGCGCAAGAUCCACGUGGCCCCCGUGCUCAUCGACCUGGUGUUCUGCGGGAAACGGCUCCAAGAUGGCCAGAGCCUGGAGUCGUGCGGCGUGCAGCCUGGGGCCACGGUCCACGUCCUGCGGAGAGCGUGGCCUGAGCCCACGGCCUGCCCCGAACCGGUGGACAAGGUGGAGGCACAGAGGGCAUUGCGGUUCCUGCAUUCUGCCAUCGCUUCCAGCCUGACUCACAGGGAAGCUAUAUUCAAAACUCUGAAUAGCAAAGAAUCAUUGGAUCAGCUGGUCGUUGCAACACCUGGACUCAGCAAUGAUCCAAUCGCCCUGGGAGUACUGCAAGACAAGGAUUUGUUCAUGCUGUUUGCUGACCCCAGCUUGUUGGAUAAGCUGAUUGCGUCGCACCCAGCCUUGGUGAACGCCAUGGUCCUGUUGCUUCACUCAAUUGUUGGCAGCACGCCGCUAACUGGCAGUGGGGCCUCCGCUCGCCAGCGUACUACGUCGGCCAGUUACGACAUUCCAGGUGGCUUUGCAUUUGAUGGUCUUUCUGACGAUGAGGAGGGUGAGCAAUCGCAGUCUGGGGCACUGGACCAGCAAAUGAUGGGAACGUCGCGGCCGAGCAGCUUGCGCUACGCAGGCUCCUCCGGUCCUCGACCCAUCACCCAGACAGAGUUGGCCACAGCCCUGGCGCUUGCCAGCACGCCGGGAAGCAGCGCUAACACCCCCACGUCCGGCCUGCAGGCCUCCACAGCAACCUCACCAGGAUUUGGAGCUGCUCAGCCUUCCACGUCUGCCGGUGCCAUUCGUCCAGAAAUCUUUACCCAUGCUCUGCAGCAUGCUCUUAGAGCAAACAAUCUUCCCUCUGCACAGCCAACCCAGUGGAGGGCGCAGCUGCAGCAGCUCCGCGCCAUGGGCAUCCACGACGAUGGGCUGAGCCUGCGCGCGCUGCAAGCCACGGGAGGGGACAUCCAGGCCGCACUGGAGCUCAUCUUUGCCGGAAUGGCUCCGUAGAUUGUAGAAGCUUGUUCGCAGCAUCUGAGGCUGUCCUCCAAAUGCACAUAGACUCGCAGUAUCCUGUUACUGUUUAGAUCACUUGUCGGUCGCAUGUGCUUAUCAGCUUGUGUUAUCUACUUAUAUGUAUAGCUUUUAAGAUGCCGUGGACUGGUAACAGGUUAAAAUUGGCAGGCAAGUAGCAGUGGUUUUGAAAAAGUAAGUAAUUGCUAGCAACCGUCACUUCUCAUGUAUAUAAUUUAAUAAAACGCUGUCAAGAUAAUUUGUGUUUUUAUGAGCAUUGAUCUAUCCACUGCUGGGAGUAGACCCCCCCCCCCCACCAUGCUGAGACCGUUUCUCACAGUCCUGCGAUGCUACAAACUCCCUCCAGGACGUGAUUGCUUGAUCUUCUCAUUGAUCGUCCUCUCGGCCGGGUUCUCUCCUUUGGCUACCGUUCCAUCACCAGUCUCGUCCGUUGGUCAUCCCUCCUCGUAUGUGUUCAGUGUUGGUCAUUUGUCCCUUGGCAGAUUCUUUUGGAGGGAUGUAAAUUUCGAGGCACUAUUGGUCACCUCCCUGCACUUGAAGUGGUGUUUAGUAGCUUGGAAAAGCUCUUCCUGUGGUUUCCCAGUUAAACUAAACUAUUUUUUUUUACUUUACCAGGUAAGGCCCACUGAGCUAUACAGCUCUUUGAGAAGUGACCUGGCCACGAGCGGCUUAUCAGAAUUGACUGAUGUGGAAAUUUAUAGCAGCCAAAUACUCUAAAACGCGUGUUUCUAAGUGUGGAGAGAAAUACUUGACGUGGAGAAAAAUCCACUCGACCACGGGGAGAGAACAUGCGAACUCCAAAUAUUCAGGCAUCGGGGUUGGGAUGGAACCCACUACCUUCAGGCGAAGCAGUUCACAUCUCAUCGCUGUUGCGCUGGUUACAAUGUCUCUGGCUCGAGUUGGCUCUGGGCAUCCCCACUUCUCAUCUCCUUCAGUUGCCCUUGCAGACAUGUAUCCACUAAGCACUCCUCCUGCUACUGUGUUCACAUGGGCCAACCACUCCAGCUAGCUUUCACCUCUUUACCGCUGCUAAAAGAGGCUCAUAUGUUCCGGUUUUGCGCAGUUGUUGAGCAGAGUGGUUAGUCUUGAGUUUAUAGCAUAAGAUUCAAAAUCCAUUGUUGUGCACUCACCCCCCCCCCCCCCAAAACCCACAUUCACCAACCUGCACUAACAAGUGUGGUGAAGUAUGGUAAAAUGUCCUUAAUUUGCUGAGGCCCUCAUCUCGCAGUGGAUUGACAAAAUGGACUGUACAUGUCCUUUCGGGUUGAAGGUCCGUUCUGUUUUUGUGCUUUGUCCAGUCCUGAUGCCUCCCUGAUCCUCUGCAGGCAACGUGUUCGCUUGACACUUCAGCCUCAUCUGAAGUCGGUUUAUUUCGGGUAAGACCCAUUCAGCGAAUAACUUCUUUUCAGUGGCGACCCUGCCAAGGCGGCAAGCACGUGAAAUGGGAAGAGGGGAAGGGCUCGCAGAUGUUACAUAGAACAAAAGCAGGGGCAGUUUAUAAACGUCACACGUGUAAUAAUACACUCCCAGAACGAUGCACAAUGGAAAUCUAGUAGGCAAUUCCAAAUAACAGCCAUGACAUUUGGUGAGAGGAACUCAUUGCAUUUAAAAUAGCAUUUAUAACGGCAAGAAUUACGGGAGCAUGUGCAGCCAAGCUUGCAUUGGGUGACUUGAUUAGGCUGAUGGUGGAGUCGUUCUUUCACCGUCGGAGGUUCCCUUGAGUAUGGGGGUCACAAUCGGCCUUGUCAGUAACAUUGGCCAUCUUAUUCUUUGGGUCUUUCGGUAAAGUCACAUCGAUGGUUCAAAGAAAAUAACAAUACGACGUUUCGAUCACAACAUAAGCGAUCGAAACGUAGUUCUUUGUUAUUUUUCUUUGAACCAUCUACGUGACUUUACCGCAAGACCCAAACAAUAUGAUUUCCUUGCUGUCACGAAAGCUUUAAGUCAAGAAUUGGCCAUCUUCCUUUCAGGUCAGGUUUCAUAUCUUGUGACGUGUGUCAAUGGUGGCAUCUCCAUUGUUCAGCAGUUCAGAACGAAUGUCAAUUCCUGCUGUUUUUCCAUGUUUUAUUGUAUUUAUAUCGAUCAAUCUGUAGAAUGACAACAUCCGUCAAAUAAAACAUUUUGAAUGAGAA